CUGUUUUGGGAGGCAUAUAAAUAGAAGUCACUUCUCCAAAUAUAUUCACACAGUGAGAAGAAUCAUUUCGGUGAAAUUCGACUAAAAAUUGUAAAUAUGAAAUUUACGGCACUCCUAUUCUCGGCUUUAAUAGCUGCAGUUGCAUCCCAAACCAACGAACGAGACGCCCCAAUAAUCAGCCAAAAAUCAGACAUCAAUCCUGACGGUUCGUAUUCGGUAGCGUACGAAACAGGAAACGGGAUUACUGCUGGCGAAAAUGGCAUCCUGAAAAGUUUAGGGCCCGAGGGUCCUGGCGUCAUAGAAGCUCAAGGAUAUUACCAGUACACUGCUCCCGAGGGCCAACCUAUUAGCCUUCAGUACACCGCCGACGAAAACGGCUACCAUCCUCAAGGAGAACAUCUUCCCACUCCCCCACCAGUUCCAGAAGCUAUUCAAAAAGCUGUCCAAUACAUUUUAGCCAACGAACCACAAGAAUUGCCUGGUGCUGCACGAAGGGGUUAACUACUUCAUUUACUGCCUUGAUGAUUGAUAUUUAAUUGUCGCAUUAUAGAUUAGUGGAUAUUAUUUUUUUACUAAUUGUAUUGUAAAUACACAUUUUUACAAGAAAAAA